AUGUUGGAUGUGUGGUCAUUUGGUGUAGUUCUAUGGGAACUUUUCACCCUUGCAGACGUACCUUAUUCAGAUACAGAGUUCGAGGAGAUGUAUCAGAAAUUAAUUAAGGAGUACAGAUUAGAGCAGCCCAUUUAUGCUAGCAAAGACAUUUACGACAUUAUGCUACAUUGCUGGGAGGAAGAGCCGAUUUUGAGACCAUCUUUCACAAUGGAAGGCCAGCUUAAAACAAAAGAAGAUAACUUACCCACCACGUCAUUACCAGAUGAUAUAACGUUUCCAUUAAUCCGGCAAAACUACGUAAACACCUUACCUCAAACCGUAAUGCCAUUCUACGAAAACGUGCACAAUCACGUCGUGUCACUGUAA